GGCUCUGAUUGAGCAGGUGAGCAGAGCCUGGCUUAGAGAGGCGCGAGGGUCUCAUCCAACAAACCAGAGGAUUCUUUCAAAAACGAAGAAGAGAGGAUGUUUGACCUGAAGAAGAAGAACAGUUUGACUCUGAGGAGCAGCCGCCACGAGGUGGAGGAGUUCAGGCGCGUGGCGGUCAAACGGAGAGACAAGGCUGCUGUCCCAGGUGAGCUUCAUCCACCUGCUUCACCUGGAACCAAUCAAAGAUGGCCACUCUGCAGCCACGCUUCUGCAACAAAACCAAACCCCAAACCUGCAGAGGACGACGGCGAAACGAGCCCGGCUAGGAAAUCAUCCGUAAAACCAGAGGCUCCAACAGCGAGUCCACAGGAGUCGGACCCGGAUCAAACCAGCAGCCGCACCUCAGGAAAACCUCUGCAGGUUAACGGCACGGUCCAAGAUCUGAGUCCGAGCAGGAGCCUCGGCGGCUCCGCUUCCUGCGCCAACGUAGCGCAGAAUCUCCGUGGUCCUCCGAGUCUGGUUCGAGGUGGGCGAGCGUCUCUGGGAGCCCUCAGCCCCGCCGGUUCUGCUCAUGGGGCUUCAAAGCUUUCAGGACCUUCAACUUCAGGCAGGAGGAGCUUCCAGGUCCGUAGUCCCCUAAGAGGAGGAGGCCUCAGUCCUGCCAAGCUGUCCCCGAGAAACCACAACCCUCUGAUGGGCAAGCUGCGAACCCCGAGCCCGGUUCAGAAGAGAGCGGGCCGCUACAGCCCGGCCAGGACCUCCAGAUCCUGGCUGGGGCCGCAACGAGUCCCGAGCGAGGCGAUUGAAGAACCGGAGAGGAGAGCGGAGAAGUCUCUGAGCGUGCCCAAUCUGAUCGUCUCCGUGGACGAGUGCAGACUUCCUGUGGGAAAAGUUCAAAGUUCUCUGAAGCCGCUGCGGUCCACCGGCUCUGACGAACCGGACGAUAUCGUGACGAUGCCAGAUGAGUCUGGGCCCGACGACGGACUUCCUUUGAGCAACGGGUCAGAACUUUCCCCAGGACAAAGGAACCGCGCCGAUCCAGAAGAAGGCGUGACGCCUAAAGGACCUGGGUCCAGGUUCAGAUGCGAGUGGACCAAAGCGAGUCCGGAGAAGAUCGCCGAGGCGUCCCGAGUGGAGGAAAACGAGGAGGAGGUGGAGACGAGCCAAGGAGGUGGAAGCGAGCCCAAAGAAGGAGGCACGGAGCAGAAGUUGUUCAAGAUAGCCAACGAGCUCCUGCAGACCGAGAGGGCCUACGUGGCUCGUCUGCACCUUCUGGACCAGGUGUUCUGUUCUCGUCUGACACAAGAGGCCGAUCGAGGCUCGUUUCCUGCCGACGUCAUCAAAAAUAUCUUCUCCAACACUUCCUCCAUCUACUCCUUCCACAGCCAGUUUCUGCUCCCUGACCUGGAAAACUGCAUCUGCAACUGGUCUGAAAGUCCAGGUCUGGGUAAAGCUCUCCUGCAGCACGCACCCUUCCUGAGGAUGUACUCCGACUACGUGAAGAACUUCGACCAGGCCAUGGAGCUGCUGAGGACCUGGACGAAAUGCUCGUCUGCCUUCAGGAACAUCAUCCAGGACAUCCAGAGUCAGGAUGUGUGCGGCAGCCUCAGCCUGCAGCACCACAUGCUGGAACCGGUGCAGAGGGUUCCACGCUACGAGAUGCUGCUCAAGGACUACCUGAAGAAGCUUCCCGAGGACGACCCGGAUUAUCAGCUGGCUCAAAAGUCCUUACAGGCCAUUUCCAUGGCAGCCAUUCACUCAAACAGCGCCAUUCACAAAGCCGAGAAUCUGAAACGGCUCCUGGAGAUUUAUGAGAUGGUUGGAGAGGAGGAGGUGAUCAACCCGACCAGCGAGUUCCUCAGAGAAGGUCGUCUGCUGAAGCUCGCUGCCAGAAACACGUCGGCCAUGGAGAGAUACCUGUUCUUGUUCAACAACUUCCUGCUGUGUUGCUCUCCAAAGUUUAGCCUGGUUGGGCAGAGAUUCACUGUCCGCUGCAGGAUUGGGGUUGACGGCAUGCAAGUCCACCAGACCAUCAAUGACGACCACCCGUACACCUUCCAGGUGUCUGGAAAGGAGCGGACCCUUGAGCUCCAGGCCUGCUGUGAAGAGGACCGAGACAGUUGGAUAAAGGUGAUUCAGGAAGCCAUAGACACAUUUCAGAAGAAAAAUGAAACCUUCAAAAUGGCUUCCAGGGAGCUACAUCUUGAAGACCCUGUGAAAGAACUCGGCCGACGAGCCCCUCGCUGGAUCAGAGACAACGAGGUGACCCUGUGCAUGACCUGCAGGGAGCCCUUUAACUCCCUCACCAGGAGAAGACAUCACUGUCGAGCUUGUGGCUACGUGGUGUGUUGGAAGUGCUCGGAUAAUAAAGUGGCGUUGGAAUACGAUGGCAACAAGCUGAAUAAAGUGUGUAAAUCCUGUUACUUCAUCCUGACGAACCAGAGGGGUGAGAGGACGGACAGGAAGAAGAGAAGAAUGUUGGAGUUUGAUACAUAUCCCAGCCCCCAGAGCAGCGUCAUGAGCAGUUACCUUCUGUACGGCGACAGCUCCAUGAUUUGGCGACGAGUGUGGUGCGUUCUCACCGAGACGGAAACUCCGGUCUUUUACGUGUACGCUACUCCGCAGGAUGAGAAGCCUCAGGUCACCGUGCCGCUCCUCGGCUGUGCCAUAGAGGAGCUCAUCCAAGGACAGCACUGUUUUUGUCUCAGACAGUCCAGAACCUGUCACAUAUUCUCCUGCGACGAUCUGGACCUCAAGCAGAACUGGCUGACGGCACUGAAACUUUCCGUGAUGAGAACCCUGUGAUCGGCGGGAACAAAGUUUGGGGCUCCAAACACGAAAACGAUUACCGUAGAUACGAUUGUUUGAAAUGAGCAACGGAGGCGUGUUU